AUGCCAACCGCCAGGGAGCCCCAUGCCCCUGAACCACCCACCCCUAUCCCAUCACCACCAACUUCCUGCCCCGGCCCAGAUCCCCCUCCCCCGCGCCGCCGCGCGAUCUCCCUGGCUCCCCCGCCGCCUUGCAACCUUCCCGGAUCCCCCGCCGCCGCGCGACCUCCCCGGAACCCGCACCACCGGGCCUCCUACUGUCGGAUCCCACCCCGCCGGACCCCUGCGCGCGGCUCUGCGCUACAACCGCUGCCGCCGAGGACCCCCCCGCGGUCCUUGGCCGCCUGCCCACGUAGUUCGCCGAUUGCCGCAGAGUCGAUACACUGCUCCGCCCAUCGUCCCGCCCGACCACUUGAGCCAUUGGCGUGCCGUCAGCUGGUCGCCCAGCGCCGCCCUACACACCCAAGCACUAUCGUGGGCGACCAGGGUGAUCGACCAGCGCCACUGGGGGCUGCAGCUACCUCCUGCCGCAGCCUCACGCGGCCGCUAAAGCACCUUGCUCACCGAUUAUUUUGUCUCGGUUGCUGCUUUCCAAGAUUCCUCUCGCUCGCUCGCAGGCCAACGCUCUUUGUGGCACCGCGGAGCUGUUUGCCUGGCGGGUCGAGCAGGUCGUCAAGGGACCGCUCGAGGUCGCCGGCCGCAAGGAUGGACGAAGACAGAGACGUAGGUAGCAGGGACAGGAAGCGCGACUGAAAAUGAGAGAGUGACGAUGAAAUACAGUGUACGCUACACCAUGUUUCCUAUUUCUACUAGAGGCUAGAGAUAAGCACAUUUGUCUAUUAUCAGAGGGGAUUUGCCUAACAUUUUCCUAGGUUUUGUAGUGUUGUGUCCCGUGUCAUCCAUGUAUAGUCAAGGCAUACUUUAUGUUUUUACGGUUUCUUUUUACUGAAACAUACGUAAUGGUAGCCAGAAAUUUGAAUUUUUGUC